UAAAAGGAAGGCGCUUUCACAUUAAUGGUAUCACUGAGUGCCGUCAAGUCGCAGCCAACUUCUUUAGUACAGUUAAAAAAACACACCUCAGCGAACCGACCAAUCAACGAACAGUGGGUGAAACUGAACGGAAGUGACGCAUAUAGCAAGCGUCUGUUUCGGGGCAGUGAAAGGACCCGGAUGAUUGCCUUGUUAACUGGUGGAGGAGGAUGGCUGUAGCCAUUCAGCAAGCCUGCUUUGGACUUUAUUGUGGGAGGACAGUAGCAAUUGUCAAUGGGACUGAACAUCCUGGAGAUUGUGGGGUGUGUCCCAGAGGACAAAGAACAGAUGACCACAAAAUCUGCCGGCCGUGCGAGGGAUCGCCAGAACGCUACGACUGGCUUUAUCUCGGCUUUAUGGCGAUGCUUCCUUUGAUUUUGCAUUGGUUCUUCAUUGAGUGGUAUUCAGGCAAAAAAAGCUCCAGCGCCCUGUUCCAGCACCUCACAGCUUUAAUCGAAUGCAGCGUGGCGGCAAUUGUCACGCUGCUCGUGAGCGAUCCCAUGGGCUUGCUGCAGAUCCGGUCGUGCAAGGUGAAGAUGCUGUCCGACUGGUACACCAUGCUUUACAACCCGAGCCCGGACUACGUCACCACGAUCCACUGCACCCAUGAAGCCGUUUACCCUCUGUACACCAUUGUGUUUAUAUAUUACGCCUUCUGCCUAGUCUUGAUGAUGCUGCUUCGGCCACUCUUGGUGAAGAAAAUCGCUUGCGGGCUGGGGAAGUCGGAUCGGUUUAAGAGCAUCUACGCCGCUCUCUACUUCUUCCCGAUCCUUACGUUGCUUCAGGCAGUCGGAGGGGGCCUGCUGUACUAUGCCUUCCCUUACAUCAUCUUAGUGUUGUCCCUCGUUACCCUGGCUGUGUACAUGUCGGCUUCUGAAGUCGAGACUUUCAAGGACCUCCUCGUGAGGAAGAAGCGGCUGAUUGUGCUGUUCAGCCACUGGGUGCUUCACGCCUACGGGAUCGUCUCCAUCUCCAAGCUGAACUACCGAGAUCUGCCUCUGCUGGCUCUGGUGCCCGGCCCGGCUCUUUUCUACUUGCUCACCGCCAAGUAUACCGAGCCGUCCCGGAUACUCUCUGAGGGAGCCAACGGACAUUGAACUUGGCCCAAUAUCAAACCGUGCGGGCGGCGGACUCUCUGAUCUUUGGAGCAACCGGGGGCCCAUCUGCUCUUCUCGUCUUCGAGAAGUUGUUGGUUCUAUCUGGAACGUUUCUCUGGGGGUCAUCAAGACUUAAGUCCCACAAAGCAGACUCUUGCCUCCACGUGCUACUGAUGGACCACCGGUUACCUGGAACGUCUCAUCAACAGUGGGAGCCCAAGGUCCCGUUGACUUCAGUAGCCAAGCACCAAGGCCUCUCUCUGUACAGACAUCUGUGUGUGAUGUGUGAAUUGAAACAUUUUGUACCAUGUCCUUGGGAACACAGGCUGAAUAACUUAUUUAUUUCCCAGUGCAGUAUUGUAAUCUCCUCUUUAUUAAAAGUAGUAAAAUAAAGCUUCCGUCUUGU